AUUUACCACUAGAGCAGUUUGGGUUUCUGCGUGGACACGGCAAAGAAAGAGGCACGCCAAAAGCUAGAUUAGUCUUGUUAAUGUCCAUCAAAUAAAGCAGAGCUCGUGGAGUUUUUUUAAUUCCAUGAGCUAAGCCAUUAUUUACGAUGAUGCCAAACAAGUACUCCUCCAAGUUUCACGGCCACAACGUCGCCUCCUUCUCCUUGUCUCGCAGAUCCCUCAUUCUAUCCGCCCUUUUCCUUUGCAUCAUCGCCGCUUUUAUCUUUUUCCGCCCUUUUCAGGGAAACCGCUGCCUCAACUCCAAUCCCAGAUCAGUUAAAGUCGUUUGGGAACACUCCGCGGCCGCCGCUGUCACUGGUAGCCAUGAUCAGGUUUCCAAUCAUCGGCAUAAGGUUAUGGGUUUUGUGGGUAUUCAGACCGGAUUCGGAUCUGUUGGUCGGAGACAAUCCUUGAGAAACACUUGGUUCCCUUCUGAUCACCAAUCCCUUCAACGAUUGGAAGAAGCCACUGGGUUGGCAUUUAGGUUUGUCAUCGGAAAAACAAGUGAACAAUCAAAGAUGUCUGCACUUAAAAAGGAAGUAGCAGAAUAUGAUGAUUUCAUUCUGUUGGAUAUUCAAGAGGAGUACAGUAAGCUCCCAUACAAAACGUUAGCUUUCUUUAAAGCAGCUUAUGCUCUUUUUGACGCUGAGUUUUAUGUCAAAGCGGAUGAUGACAUAUAUUUAAGACCUGAUCGUCUUUCAUUACUACUGGCAAAAGAGCGAUCUCAUACUCAAACUUACAUAGGAUGCAUGAAAAAAGGACCUGUUUUCACUGAUCCAAAACUCAAAUGGUAUGAGCCACUAUCCCAUUUGCUUGGAAAGGAGUAUUUUCUUCAUGCUUAUGGUCCUAUAUAUGCUCUUUCUGCUGAUGUUGUUUCAAGCUUGGUUGUUCUUCGAAAUGACAGUUUCCGGAUGUUCAGCAAUGAGGAUGUUACUAUUGGAGCUUGGAUGCUCGCAAUGAAUGUCAAACAUGAGAACAAUCUCGAACUUUGUGCUUCAGACUGUACAGCCACAUCUAUUGCUGUGUGGGAUAUUCCUAAGUGUUCAGGCCUGUGUAAUCCAGAAAAGAAAAUGUUGGAGCUCCAUCAAAAGGAGAGCUGCUCUCAGAGCCCAACGCUGGAAUCCGAUGAUGAUUAGAAUUUGUGGGAGUGUGAUAUUAUUUGGGAAAAGUAAGCUCAGAAAUUGUGGAGGAAGUUCUUCUUGUCAUUUCUUAAUGCCAGAAGAUGCUACCAACGCCAUUCUUUACCAUUCACCUUUCUUCUCGUUUGAAGAUAGGUUGUUGAGUUUUCUUUCAUAUCUCUUUCACACACACACACACUCUCUCCAUUUUCAUCUCAUUUGAAGAGGGUAGUAUUGAAUGAUAUGAAGGUUGUAUGAGGAGGGCUUUUAGAUAAAACGUAAAGGAUGAGAUCAAGAGAUCAUUGUAGUUUACUGUAGUUUAUUGUAGUUUACCAAUUACAGAUUCUUAUAUCAAACAUUUUUGGAAUUAUACAUCUAAUGGUAAAUGUUAUACUUCUUAAAAAUGUGUGUUCACUCCUUGGCAUGA